GCCCAGGUAUCGAGAACACGGACUCCGUGGUGUCUGGUGUCGUUUUCGUCGCGGGCCACAGCAUUUCGACAACGGGCGACGAGUCCCAAAAUGAGCGCCCAGGAUGUUGUCGACGCCUCGGAGCACUAUGAGGUCUACAACACCGACGACAUCCCGUCGCUCUGCACCAUUAUCAUCGACACCAAUCCCCGAGCGUGGGCUGCGCUCGCCGAUGUCCUCCCGAUCUCCAAGGCGAUAGCGAACAUCCUCAUCUUCGUCAACGCCCACCUCGCAUUCAGCAACUCGAACCAGGUGGCCCUCAUAGCAUCACACACAAACCGAGCGGUUUGGCUCUACCCAGCGCCGCCGAAGCAGGCGCCCGCGCCCUCAGAAGAUGUCGACAUGCGAGAUGCAGGCAGCAGCAGCGACAAGCCCGCACCGAGCUACAAGCCCUCCGCAGCCAACAAAUACCCCCAGUUCGCGCAAAUAGAACACAUCCUCCUAACGUCUCUCCGUUCUCUCAUCGAUGACACCACCGUCUCCGACCUCUCCACCACAACACAAAUAUCCGGCGCGCUCACCCUCGCUCUCGCCCACAUCAACAAGACCGCACUGUCUUUCGCCGCCUCUGCCGCCGCAGCCAACGCCCUGACCACAACCGGCGCCCCAAUGACCGCGGGUGCCGCGGUCGGCGCCGCGCCCGUGGCAAGCACGUCCACGAGCGGCGGUGGCCUCGCCGGGAUGCACGCGCGCAUCCUGAUCCUCUCCGUCAGCGACAGCUCGCCGGCGCAGUACAUCCCGACCAUGAACGCCGUCUUCGCGGCCGCGCACGCCCGCAUCGCCAUCGACACCCUCUCCCUGCGGGGCAGCGCCACCUUUCUCGAGCAAGCCAGCUUCAUCACGCGGGGCACCUUCAUCCGCGCCGCCGAACCGCGCGGGCUGCUGCAGUAUCUCAUGUUCGGCUUCGGCAGCGGCAGCGCGCCGUCCCACCCAGCCGCCGGAGGAGGAGGAGCAGGAGGCACCGACGCGGGCAAGGGGCCGGCAUCCAAGCCCAAGACCUCCGCCUCCACCGCCAACGGCGGCGGCGCAGCAGGCCGCGGCAGGCCAAAGCCAGGCGGCGCCAGCAGCAGCAGCAGGCUGGGCCUGGGCGCCAGCGUGGCGGAGCUGCUGGUCACGCCGAGCGCGGACGCGGUCGACUUCCGCGCGGCCUGCUUCUGCCACCGCAACGUGGUCGACACGGGCUUCGUGUGCAGCAUCUGCCUCAGCAUCUUCUGCGAGGUGCCCGACGGCGGCGAGUGCCUGACCUGCGGCACGCGCCUGGCGCUCGGGAACUACGGCCGGACGCCUGUCGUCGCGCCUCCUCCUCCGCCCGCUGGCAAUCCAGCUGCGGGCGGCGGGGCCGGGGGUGUUGGUGUUGGUGUUGGUGGUGGUGCUGGCUCGCCGAAUGCAGCCAGGAAGGAGAAGGAGAAGCGGAAGGUUGAGGCUCAAUAAUGGCGGGGCCUCUGAUAAGUCGCAUGCAAUGCAAAUCGACCCUGGUAAAGGGAGGUCGGUUUCUUUCAUUGACAGAGGCCGAAAGCCAUCAAGCAUGUACUCCAGAUUGCCUUGAGCCAUGGAAGAGCCUUAGGGAUCAUAAUUUCGUAGCCAUAGGUUCUAAAGCGAUGCCUUCUAUGUCUAGUCUAUGGGGUAACUCU